AUGGCGGAGAUGGUUGAGGUCCUGACGGCAAGGACCGCAGAAGAGGAGUCGCGGCAGCUCCGCGAUGAAGCGCGGCGGUUGUCAAACGACAACAAUCGCCUGAGAGCGCGGGUCACCGACCUUGAGAAUGACCUGAAGGCCAUGCGCAGGGAGUUCUCGGAACGCAAGGCUGUGGAGGACACAGUGGUGGCGGAGGCUCCAUCCUCGGAGGCAGCCAUCAUCAAGAAGGUGGUCGAAGGUCUGAAGGGUGACCUGGCGCGAACCAUCGGCGAGAUGAUGGACGCCAAGCUGGCUGGUAUCGAAGACCGGUUGCUGCCGGCACCGGUGGUCCGGCCGCCCCUGGCAGCUGCCACCAGGCAGGUCGAGCGGAGCACUAGAGAGGAAGCUCCCCAGGGCCCCCCUGUCCCAGCGGCAAAUCCUCAAGCCGAUUCGUGGACCAAGGUGGCGGCGAGGGGAAAAAAGAAGAGGACGCAGCCUGCUCCAACAACGGUCAACACGACGUUGACCGCGCCGGCUAAUCCGGCUCCGCAGGCGCAGGCUGGAAUCCGCCGGAUACGUGCGACUGAGUCCACCAAGCCAGUGGAGCCGGUGAAGUCGGUGAAGCCGACAAAGGGAGAUGGGCUGGCAGGAUCGCCCAAAGCGAAGGUGAGCCUAAGGCCACCUUCAACUGCAGCGGUGGUCAUCACCCUGUCCAAGGAUGCGGUAGCGGGGGAAGCAACGUAUGCUUGGGCACUCACCGCUGCUAAGCAGCGGGUCAGCUUGGCGGACAUAGGGGUGAAGGAGGUCCGCACGCGGAAAACGGCCCUGGGAAGCCGAAUUCUCGAAAUUGGGGGGCCCGAGCGGUCUCAGCAAGCUGAUAGGCUUGCUGAGGAAAUACGGGGAGCAUUAGUAGGGAUCGCGACUGUCAACCGGCCUGUGAAAUCAGUGGAUAUACGGAUCAGCGGGCUGGAAGACAGCGUGACGCUAGAUGACGUGGUGGGGGCCGUUGCUGCCAGGGGGAAUGUUCCCCGCGAACAUGUGCGUGCGGGGCGUAUCUCCAUGGGCAGCACGAUAGUAAAGUGCCCCACCACAGCAGCAAAGGCGAUCAUGCAGGAUCGCCUUUGUAUCGGAUGGAGCACCGUACGGGUCACCCUCCUUGAGGCUAGGCCUUUACGGUGCUUCCGGUGCUACGGCAUCGGACAUGGCAGUGCAACGUGCACUGCAAAGGACCGCAGCGGCCUAUGUUGCCGCUGUGGUGGGGCAGGGCACCUUGCACAAAGUUGCACCGAGGAGCCAAGGUGCGACGUCUGUGCCGAUGCCGGGGCACCCGCAGGACACCGCAUGGGGGGGCGGAGGUGCAACCCCCCGCUAAUUAAAAGGAACACACCGAGAACGGGGGUGCCGGCCCCCGCCAUGUCCAUGGAACCGAGCGCACCGAGCGCGCCCACCAGUCUGGAGGGUACGGUUGCUCCUCAGGGGGAGCUUGAACAAAUGUCGUCGUAA